UAAUGGACUUAGCGAGUAAAAUCGUCAUUCAUUUAUUCAGUCUGAUUGUUGGGACGGGGCAAUAUCGGCGCGGAUGGGCAUUAUUAUGAUUAGUUGUGAUACACCUCGAGUACUACGGUUGACGCCAUUUUAAUUCGUGCCCCAUUUGAGGCCUGAAAAAAAAGGCAUCUUCGGAGGCAAGGGGCCAACACUCUUUUGACAAUUAUGUGUGUGCGUGUAUGGACAAUCGACAUAGCCUCGUAACGUCGUAUCGCAAGUUGGCGUCGUGAGUCAAGAUGUCCGGAUAUUGAGUAAGAUUCCCCUCUACAGUGCGAGCAUUGGAUGAGUCUUUUGAUGAAAAUUGAGUGAAAUUUUGAAGCAGGAAAGAGCGGGAUAAAAUGUCGAGUGACAGUGAGGAUCUGUCAAGGCCAUCGAAGAAACGUCGAUAUAUCAUCGACGAUAGCGAGAGCAGCGAUGACUCGGUUGUGACUAAAAGCAACCGAAAACGUAGAGUUUUUAAAGUUGUUAGUGAUGUUGACAGUAGUGAUGAUGACAGUGAUGUGCCCAGGCCAGUAAGGAGGAAAAAUGCUACGACCAAGAUCAUCGUCAGCGAGGACGAGUCCAGCAGCGAGAGUGAUGAUGCUGGAUCAUUGCAAUUGGAGAGUGACGAGGCCUGGGAAUCGGACUGGCUGAGCACAGAUUCGUCAGACGUGGAUGAAGUUCUCCCCAAGAAAUCCAGGGUCAAACCCAAGACACUCGAUCCAUCGCCCUCAUCCUUACCACCCAAGCAGAGUGGCUCAGACUCUGAACAGAGUGACGGGCAAACGGAGAAGUGUCCAAUAUGUCUCCUACCAUUCAAGAAACAACAAGUGGCAACGCCAGCCACGUGUGAUCAUUGUUUCUGUUUAUUGUGCCUGACUGAAUGGAGUAAAAAUGUCAAUACCUGUCCUGUUGAUCGUCAGCCAUUCACUUCCAUCAAUGUCAGAUUCCACCUUAAUGGCAAAAUCGUCCAGAAAAUCCCAGUAGAGUCUAAAAACUCGACAGAGGAGCACAUUCAGGAAGACCCAACAUUCUGCGAAGUUUGUCAAGAGUGUGAUCGCGAAGAUCGCAUGCUCCUCUGUGACGGUUGUGACCUUGGCUUCCACCUCGAGUGUUUGAAUCCCCCAAUGGACCGAGUGCCAAUGGAGGAGUGGUACUGUCCCACUUGCACCGAGAUCAAUCCAAGCCUGGCUGAAUCCAUAGAAAUGGACCUGGACGAACUGCCAGAUCUGAUGGCUGAGGCUCGAUGCCUGGGCACCACCUACGGUCGCACUCGUUCAGGCGCCCCCCAGGACUUUCCCCACCCCCCAAUGCACACCCCAGGCCCAUCCCACAGACGCAUAAUUCCACGAACACGUCAGACAGAACGAGUGAGAGCUAACAUUCGUGCUGAUCGCCGCAGACAAGAAAACACUCGUCAUUUCGAUCCUGAUCAGCCCUCAACAUCAUCUGGAAUUGAAUCCGUCUACGACAGCAACAGUCGCAAUGAUCUCAUUGCAUCUGUCAUUCAGCGUGUGAGCGCUGCAAUGUCGAGGAAUGCCAGGGGCAGAGUCAAGAGUAAAUCAGCCAAGAAACCUCGAAGAAGGAAAACAGCCAGAAAGACUUCGUCAAGAAGCACUGGAAAUUCCGAAGUUCGUGAAGUUCGUAUUCGUGAGAUUAAUGAGGAUGGUGAGGAGAAGGAAAUUGUGACUUAUGUCAAAGUGAAGACAUCCUCAACCAAGAGGAAGACCAAGCGUACUAAAAGAACGCGCAAGAAGUUAAAACGUAAAACAACAAAACGACAUGCAUUAUCCUCCCUAUAUGGUAAGGGUGUUAAAAAAAGACUUGCUAUAACAUUGGGAAUGGUUAAGGGAAGGGCCAAAGUACCGAGUGUCGCUGAACCAGUCGUUAAUAAUCAGGGAACAGUGAGGAGUGGAGUUGUUGAGCUAACUAAUUCAAGAUUUCGAGCUGGAAUAUCACAAGUUAGCUUGUUUGGAAAUAAUUUGGGGCUUGAUUACAGUCCACCUGGGUCCGAUGACGAGACGAUGCUCGACUCUCCCGGCUUGACCCUCGGCUCAAUAGUAGGAAUUCAACGUCGAAAUGUAUCAAUCUCGUCGACGAGAAGACGACUAGCCCUCAAGGGAAUGCUCCUAGAGCCUAGAUCAUCACCCCCAACAGACCAACAGCUGCAGUCUCCCAUGGAUCUCCUGGACAGCAUAAUGGGUAGCCAAAAGUUGUGGCACUCCAAGUCCAACAAGAUCACCCUUAAAGCUAAUGGUACCCUCCUCCUGCCAUCCGACCUCGACAAAAAAUCCGACAAAGACGAAAAUGACAACAACAGUUCCAACAAAGACCUCACAAAACGCCUCGUCGAUAAUUCCGACACGAUAAUAGACAAGAAAAUUGGCCAGCCCCUGGACCUCUCCAGCAUAAGCUCAGAGGACAUCACCCAGGCCCCGAUGUACAAUGGCUCCCGAGGGGGUGGGGGUCCACGGGGAGGUGGAGGCGGUGGAGGUGGCAGAGGCCACAAUUACCACGGAGGAAGGGACUCCUACUCCAACUAUUCAGGUGGCAGGCAAAAUUACAAUGCCAGAGGCACUGGAAUGUCCCCACGUGGUGGCUUUGGCCAUCGUGAACGUGGACAAUCACCCGGAAUGACUGACUUCCCCCCGAACUUUGAUAAUCGCAUGAAUCACAACUUCAACUCGUCCUUUCGCUUUCGUAAUUCACCGAAUUUUCGAAAUGAUAACAGACCACGUAUGCCUAUGAUGCCAAAUAUGCCGAGACCACCAAAUCACAUGUUCAGAGGACCGAGUGACAAUAUGAAUCCAAUUUUUCCAAUAACACAGUCGAUUUAUCCACCACCACUGCUAUCACAGCCACCACCGCCACCCCCUGCCGAGUGUCCUGUUCCCAAUGCACCUCACAAGGAUUACUCAGGGGAUAUGGAGCAGGAGAAAUCAGACGUUCCUGUCGAGUCCUCGUCCUCAGCAUUACCUUCGCCAUCACUUUCUGCAAAUAAAAUCGAUAAAAUUGAUGAUGCAGCUGGGGUUGAUGCUGUGGGAUCCUCAGUUAUCGAGGGUGGAGCUGAGGCACAGGGGAACGAGGAGGACUGCGAUAUCUACGCGGAUAUCGAGUCGAGAGACGACAAUCGAAAAAAUCUUAGGAAUAACGAGUCCUCUGAGUGUGAGAACAGAGAGGGCAAUGAGGAGGGGACGAAUUCUGGUGAUUGUACGUCCUCAAUUCUCCUGCCACCCCCCGAGCCGCCCUCCGAGCUGCUGCUGGACCUCGAGGAGAACCUGAAGAACGACAGUUACGAGACAAACAGCAGAGGAUCAGACAACGAGGACCUGGUGAUCGACGACAGCCACAAAGAGCCUGAACGAGAAGUCAAGGAGAUCGAGAAGGACGAGAAAACCGAGACGAGUGCGCCCAAAUACUACGACAAAUACGAUCCCUUCCAAGAGGCUGACUCAGACGAAGAGUCACAGGCUGAUUGUCCAAACUUCUCAAUUUACUCGUCUGAAACGAUGGACGUUGCCAGACGUGCUGAGGAGCAGUUAUCGCAGGAGAUUGACAUUGGCCCACUCGAGCCCCCACCACUGCCACCAGACAUCCCUGACGAUGACCAAGAGGACUUGAGUCCUUUUCAGGUGCACGACGACCCCGAAGAGCCGCGUGAGGCUCCACGUGAGGAGGCACCACGUGAGGAGGCACCUGUUGAGAGAGUGGACACACCAGACAUCCCCGAGCCCCCACCAACCUUCGAUCCAUACGUCGAAUCUCUCAGAAAAGAGCGACAACAACUCAGCAAAAUUCCGUCUAAAAAAAUAUCCACCGAUUGCAGGGGAAAAAUCACCUUCAAAAUUGGAAACAAGAGCAAAGUCAUGAAUAAACUGAGCUCUCUGUACGACGAAAUAGAUGAUAACAUUGAGACUAUGAUCGAGCAGGAGAGGGAGCUGGAGGCCUCAGUUGUUGAGCCUCAGAGUUCUGUGAGUGAAGAUCCACCCAGCGAAGACAUUUCCUCUGCUCCUAAAAAAUUGGAUGAACCAGUUGAAAAAGAGCCUGAAGAACAACUUCCUUCCCCCGAGCCCCAGCCAGACAAGCCUGAGGAGAAAGCCCCCGAUGAGGGCGACGAGGAGGAAGUGGAGGGGGAGGUUGACAAGAAAAUCAGUGAUAAAUCUGACGACGAAGACCUGGAGACGAGUCAGCCAGUUGACAAAGACGAAGACCCCGAGAAGCUGAAUGACUCGAUGUCAACCGAGGGCAGCGACAGAGGUGGGACUCCCCCACUCGUCAACGAAGCCAAAAGCAAUUCCGAUAACUGCAGGGUGAGUGAGAGCAGUGACGUGAUUAACGAGGACGAGAGCAUCCUGAGCCAGGACUUCCAGCUCGAGAAGGACGAGAAUCCGAGCAAAGAGAGUGAAAUUGAAAAGAGCGAGGAGGACAAAAAUUUAUCGAACGAAGUGAAGUCCUCGGUGGACGACAACAUGGAGGGCUGGUACUCGGACGGUGCUUACACCCCAUGCAAGGACGAGAAUCCAGUGGCAGAGAAGGGCCCGACCAAGUCCCAAUUGGAGAGUGGAUUGGAGCCGAUAACUCCGCCGCCUAAGGACCGCAACAGCGACGAUCUGGAUCGUUGCAGGACGCCAAUAGGCUACGCAGGACUGGGGACGGAGGCCAUUUCGGAGAACGACGAGCCGAUCAGCUUCGAGGACGACCGGUCAGCAGCGUUGUCCCCCUCGAUGCGCAAGGACAAGGAGCUGGAGGACGGCGAGAUCACGAUGGACGAGGGGCGACCCCCCAAGAAGAAGAGAAUGGCCUUCGACUCGGAUAAAGAAGGCGAACGCGAGGGGAAAAAGCGAAAGGAUCGGCGGGACAAGUCCGGCAGUAACAAAGACGCCGACAAGAACAAGGAGAACACCUCCGACAACAAUCAGGUCUCCUGGAAGAAGCUCUCGAAGAGCACGAAGGAGCGCCAGUACCGGGAGAAGCUCAAGCGUCAUUCUGCCUCGAAGGAGCGUCACCGGGAGCGCAAUCGCAACAGAGAUCGCGAUCGCGAGCGGGAUCGCGACUACGAGAAGGAAAAGGACAAACCCGGGAAGAAGAGAAAAUCCAGGGAUCGGGCAGCGGCUCUCAGUGCCAAAAACCUGGCGAGGAAGAAGGAGAAGCGGAAGGAGCUGCCAAGGUACGACGUCCGGAAGAUCGUGGCUGAGAAACCGGCACGACCCAAGAAGGACGAGUACGGGAGGGACGUGAGGACUGCGUCCUCUCGCAGCAGGUCCAGGGGGCGGAGUUUGGCGCGGGGGAAGAGCCACUCGUACUCACCAGCGAGGAGAUCGUGGCCCAGACGAUUGUCUCGCUCGUGGUCCAACCACAGGAGGAGAUCACUCUCGAGGGCCUCGAGGGCGUCCUCGCGGUAUUCUAGGUCUCGAUCGCGAUCUCGCUCGGCUCGACGCUCGCGAUCGCGCUCUCACUCUCGCUCGCGAUCGCGAUCACACACGCGCUCGCGAUCGCGACGAAAGUCACCGGUUGCCAGGCGGCGAUCGCUCUCGCGUAAACGAUCGCGAUCGGCUUCCCCUCGUCGCGGCAGGCGAUCGCUGUCCAAUCAACGCGCGAGGAAGAAUCACUCGAAGCGAGUGCCCACUAGGAAGCGCAAGUCGCGAUCGCGAUCGAGGAAGAAGGAGAAAGUUAAGAAGUACAAGUCGAGGAGUCGAUCGAGGCGACGCAAGCGCACGUGGAGCAAGAGCCCGCAGCCGGUGGUUCGUAGGGAGAAGGGGAAGAAGAGAUUGAAGAGAAAAAUUAUGGUUGGAAAAUCGCGAUCGCGUGAGAGAUCUUUAUCGAGAAAUUGGGAGAGUAUGAAUAUGCCGCGAUCCCUCGAUCGCGGGUAUCCAAUGAGGAGUUCAGCAAUCACAGGCCCGUUGACGUUACUGUCAGGGGGAAUGCUUGAGACGGAUCAGAUGAACCACACGACAGGGCAAAAUCAGUCGACGUGGAGUGGAGCCCAGUGGACUCCCUCGUGGUCGCGAUCGAAGACGAAAUCGAGGUCGCGAUCGAGAUCGAGGUCCAAUGGGCCAGGGCUGGAGCCAGUCCCCCCCAAAAAUCUCACUGUCAUACUGACGAACAAGGAGGCUAUCAAGAAGAAGAGACGAGAGAGACGACUGAAGGAGGGGAGAAAACGCAGGGACGAUCCUGACAGGGUCAAGAAGAGAGACAAACGCAAUCGCACUCCACCCCCCUCCAAGGAAGUAUUCGCCAGUGGUGAUAAUAUUUUGGUGAGCGUUUGCUUCAACAACGACAAUAUGAGCGAUAACAACGACAAAGCCCCGAUGUCCGUGCCCAAUGGUGACAGCAUCAGCAGUCAGCUCGCUGAUACAAUAGCCUCGCUCACCAGUAAAAAACGUAAACGCAGGAAUUACCGAGAGGUGGGAAUGGCACCUAUGGGGGUAUUGUCGAAAGAGCCACUGUCGAAGAAACCAAAGAAGGACAAGUCCAAAGACAAGCGGGGAAAAUCACCGGAGCCCAAACGUCGGAGGGAAAAGAAGAAGAAGUCGAAGGCUGCGGAGAUUGCUGCGAGCAAAAAGCCUGUUGCUGUCAUCGAUCUGGACCAGUCCCCCUUCAGGGAGCAAACCCCCUCGCCGAAGGAUAUUAUUGUCCUCAGCGAUGACGACGACGACGACAACGACUCGACUCAGCAGCUUCAGCAGCAGCUGCAGCAGCUGCAGAAUGCGAUAUCUCCAGCGAUUUUGCAUCAACAACAGCAGAAAUCAUCGGACAGUCGACACGACGAGCAAACACAGCAGCAGGAGAUUCAGAACGAUAAUCUGGCGUCGCAGAGGGACGAAUUUGUUGGCCCUAAAACGCCACCAGAACCGCAGGUCAAAUUCUCUAUAAAUAAACAGUCUAAUAACAUGAGACCCAGCAUGAUGAAUCCCCUGUUGGACGAAGAGGAGGACGAUGAAGACGGCGACAAUGAGGACGCUGAUGACGACGGUGACGAUGACGAUGACAACACAAACGUCCAACAUCAAAAGAUCAGCGAUGAUAAGGACAGGAAUAAUGCCAACAAAUCAGGGAAGAAUGACGCCAAAUUGAUAAAUGAUCUGGCAGCAGAAUUACUGAACUCGAAUGACCCAUCACGUGAGAAUGAGCACACGGGGGCCAGCGAUGGUGAUAUAAUCAUCGUUGCUGACAGUAAUGAAGAGGAAUUGGAUGAUCUGGAAGCCUUAGAGAUACUUGAAAUGAACGAGAGGACUCAUGGCUUGUCCCAGCAGACUGACAAUGGCAAUCAGGGAGAAAUGGACAGUAUGAAGCACGAUCGCUCCGAGGAGAGGAGGAACCAGGACGAGCUUGACAUGAGACUGAAGAUUGGCCCGAACACACCACCAGAGCCCCCCACGUCGCCCCCAACGUCGCCGGACGCUUACGAUCCGUUUGACCCGACAAAAUCACGUUCUCCGACGCCUACAGCCUCGCAGGAGACCUCGAUAGGAAUUGACUCGGCGUUAACGUCCAAUGAUUCCAUGAAGCUGUCGGUGUCCCAGGGGAAGGAGAACUUCUCAAGCGAGAAACGAGAGACUGCAGACAAGCCGAAGAUCAUAUCCAUGGUGACGAUUAAGAGGGCGUCGUCACCAUCAGCAGCUGGAAAUAUCAUUAAUCUUGAGAAAUCGGAGGAUGGAAAGGCCAAGGCUAAUAGUGGCAUCUCCACGAGCAUUGGAAAUCCUUUCACCACUAUUAAUCCGGUUUUGGCAACAGUGGCUGCUGCUGUUCAGAGGAUUGGCAUCCAGAGGAAUCUCUCCAAUGCCCAGAUCAAACAACGAACCAGUGGUGCCACCAAUCAGGUGUCCAAUCUUUUUAUGAAUUCGGUUAAGGGAAUGACUUUGAGGGGGUCCAAGGUCAAUACUGGGUCUAGUAAGCAGAAUGGUAAUGAGGGGACUGAGGGGGCUGAUGCAGUCGCCGCAGGACCGACGAUAGACACGUCCUCGCCGUAUUCACCUGGAUCGAGCCUGAGUGAUGGCUUCUUCGAUCCACCACCUCAUCAGUAUGGACAUGUGUCCAGCCCCCCUGGCAAUUUGGGGAUUGGUAAGGGGAAGGGAAAGACUGGGGGGAAGACUGACAGCAAGAAAGAUGCGUUCGAUGCGCUGUUCGGGGCUUCACCGCUCAUUAAGAGUGGCAAGGGGCGGGGGAAGAAGACCAUGGACAAGAGGAAACGGACUACGAACUCCAAAAUCGGGGUGAGGAUGGAUGAGAACGAACUGCAGAUUCUUGAUGAUCUGCCCAGCUCGGCUGUGGAGAUGCAGGUAAAGGACAAGUUCCUGAAGAAGCUGAAUAGGCAGGAGAGGGUUGUGGAGGAAGUUAAGCUUGUGUUGAAGCCGCAUUACACCAAGAAACAUGUCACCAAGGAGGAGUACAAGGAUAUUAUGAGGAAAGCGGUGCCCAAGAUAUGUCAUAACAAAACUGGCGAGAUAAAUCCAAAGAAAAUCGCACAGUUGGUUGAGGCAUACGUGAGGAAAUGUCGGAGUAAUAAGAGGAAAGGUACAAACGUGAAUCCCUUGGGGAAUUCGAUGGCGAAAAAUUUACGACCAACAAAAACUUUGUGGAGUUGAUCGCAACGGGAGGACACUUUUUAAUAGAUCAACGCAGCGAUGCAACUCCAUCAAAACCGUGGAAGAAUCACCUGAAUGAUCCAUGGUGAAUCAACAACGUGGACUAUCCGGCAAACCUGCCACACUGUAUUCUGUGUAAAUAUUUCGAGGAAGAGUAGAUGGGGAAAAAUUCAAUGGAUGCGCAAUAUUUGUAUUUAAUUAUUUUUUACAUUUUUUCUUUGCGUUUCUCGUAAGUGAUUUGAGUAUGAAGAAACAAUGGAGAACUAGCGAGAAAAUUGCGAUGGGGCAUUUUACAAAUUUCUCCCCAUUUUAUCACGAUACUAGACGAAAAACAAAACUAUUAUUAGGCUUAUGAGGUGAAGCAGUGAGGAGCUACGAAAAAUAUUAAUUUACCGAAGUUGACAAUGAAGAGGAAAAAAACGCUCAAUCAACAGUUUCUACAUAGAAUAUUUAUUAACGAAACAUUUUUCGUUUUCUAGACACGAGAAUAAGACAAAUGCCUAUUGGAUGAUUUUCAAAAAAAUUGUUUUCAUUAGUGAAAAACCAGACCAGACAUUUUAGAAUUGUUAAAUAAUAAGUUUCGUGCUAUUUUCACUGUUUUAGACCUUAUGAAAACUAAUACAAAUAUAAAUAAUGAAUUACGUUUGUCGUUUUUCCUCCUGUAUAAGAAAUGAAUAAAUUAUUGAACGUA